UCAGUUUCAUUUCAAUUAAACCCGUCACACAUACAUAUAUAAUCAACCCAGUGCAGAUUCUAAGGUUAGGGUUUUGGAGAGUGAUGACCGGGUCCUGCAAUGAUGCAUCACAGCCAUUCGCCAAGACGAUCUGUUCAAUCUGCUACGAAGAUCUCAAACCUAUUGUUGAAGACCUUCAAGCAAUUUCAAUUUGCGGUCAUGUCUUCCAUGAACUCUGCAUACAGCAAUGGUUUGAGUACUGUUCAAAAGGGAAGAAGAAAUGUCCCAUAUGCAAGCAAACAUGUUCAGCAUCCAAUGUGAGUCGGCUCUAUUUCCAGUCAGUUGGUGACUCUAAUGAGCCUAAACUCUCUCAAAAUCUGCAAACUCAAAAAGAAGAUCCAGAGGAACUGAAGAUAGAAUGCAGAAGACUGGAGGGGAAGGUUAAGGGACUCAAUUCAGCUUUAGAAAGUCGAGAAAAUGAUCUUAGAAACAUUAGUAAUGAGCUUUGUGUAUGCAAGGAGCAGUUGGAGAAAGAAACAUCUUUGAAAACUGAAGUUUUGGAACAAACACGCACAGUCAGCCGCUUACUUAACUUAAAACACAGCAUGUGUCAGGAACUUAAUAAAUCAGAUUUGGAGCGCAUUAAAUUGCAGGAGAGGAAUAUGGCUUUAGCCAAAGAACUUGCUGCAUUAAAGCUGAUGUCUGAUUUGAACUUAAAUGAAGAGGAAAUUGUGAAGCUUGCUUCUUUGGGUACACAUGCCAAUAGUAAAGAGAAUAUAGAUGUUUUAAAAAAGUCAUUGGUUGUUCGCAACAAGAUGUAUAAGGAUUUAAUUGCAAAAUGCAACACUUUGGGGAGAGAUGAAGCUCGUGCACGUAAAAAGCUUGAAAAAGCCAAAGAGAAGCUAGAAAAAUUAAAGACAAGAAUCCAAGAAAUGGAGACAAACAGUGAAAUCAAAGAUAACGAACUGUUGAGAUCUCUAAAAGCUUCAAAGAACACAAACAGUUGUCCAAAUGUCUUAAAUGCCCCUGAGCCAUGUACACCACAAAGUACAAUAUAUGCAUCAGAGGCAGCCAUUGAUGAUAGAAAAACAAAGAGGUUUAGAGGCUCUGAGAAUAUUGAUGAAAGAAAUGAUAAAAAAGAUGGAGUUAGUCCUGCCCCUGCCCCUGCGCCUGAGAUAAAUUCUUACAUUUUAAUUGAUGAUGAUGAUGAUGAUGGGGUCUCAAUAUCACAUGAGAAACUGAGAGAUGAUGAUGUGGUGGCACAAGAUAAAUCCAUGCCUGACAUCACAAAAGAAGCUUCUUUGCCUUUUCUUGAUUCUCAACAAGGAGGAGGAGGAGGAGAGUUUUGUUUCUCGGGUGGAUUGUUGGGCCCAGAUGGAAGUAAAAGACAUCUUGGAAAAUGGUGUAAAAAGAGUUUUAAUUUUAAUAAUAAUAAUAAUAAUAAAAAUGCAUCUUCAACACCAACACCAACACCAACACCGACACCGAUGCAAGCAUCUGGUGAUCUUAUUGCUGUUGGAUCUGAUGGCAGAGGUGGAACAAUCAAAGUUCUCAAAUCAUCCUUAACCGAUUCCAGGAAAUCAUCUUCUAUUACUAAAAAUGGAAAGCUGGGGACCAAAACAACUAGUGUGCAGUCUCGUGGGAUCCACCACUUCUUCAGUAAAGCAGCUCAAUAGUUGGUAUACAGCUUUAUGUAGAUUUUAUCUGUUUAUAAAAACACAACUGAUGAAAUGUGACAUGAUCUUGAUCGGUUGAAAUUGUUUUUGCUCUAAAAGAGCCAUUUUUGCUGUUGUCUUGGGGGAUUUGGAAAUAUUUCAUUUUUCCUUUUUAAAUGGCU